AUUGUUAGCAGGUGAGAAACUGAAAGUCUCCCAUUGAUUUGUAAUUGAAUUGAAGUUUAAAAAGCGAUUAAUUGAUUCAUUGUUUGAAUUGUUAUACAAGAAAUGUAUAUAAAUAUAAUAGACGAUACAAGUAAUUAUGUAAUUGGCAACUGUCAAAGACAAACUUGUCAAGAUGGAGAUGAAAAAUUGAUGCAAGAAAGAUGAAGGAUGAAGGGAAAAGAUGUGAAUUUGAAGGUGAAUUAUCUUCACCAUUUUACUCUUCAUCAUCAUCUUAUAGGAGGUUAUUAAUACAUAUAUAAUAUAUAUAUAUGUGUGUGUAUUUGAAUGUUGUUUCAUGGUAUUGUGUGUGUGAGUUGUAUUGAUUGGUUGGAGAUGAGGAUGAAGAGGAGGAAGAGGAGGAAGCGUAAUAACAGUCAAACUGUUAACUUUGGUGAAAGGCGUUCCAAGAAGGUAAUGGUGAACCAAUGAGAGUCAAAGGGAAAAGAAUCAGACUCUUCUUUGAACAUCUUCUGCUUUCAUCUUCCCUGUCUUUUGUAUCCAUUAUUAUCAUCAACAGGCUCACCAUAUCAUCCAGCAUGCUGCAUCACCAUGCUCAUCAUCUUUUACGCUCAUCUUUAGUUUUUGCGUUGAUUAAAAAGCAUUUUUACUUUUUCUUCUUUUCACUUUUAUCCUUGCUUUAACAUUUGCCUUUUCAAUCCUGGCUCAGCAUUUGGCUUCUUAGCUUAUCAGUUAACAUUGUCCUUAUCAGAAUUGUGGUUUCCAUGAUUUCGAGUAACAUUUUUUCAUUGAGUUUUUCCACCUUGAUUUGGCUUUGAGUGUUCAACUAGUUUAAAUUGUUUGCUGUUGAAGUUUAUUUUUUCAUCCAUGAAGUUUGAUUGAUCAACUUUGUGAUUUCAAUUGUUCAAGGAAUCGUUUUCAACUGGAACACAAAAAAAUCAUGGAUCGGGUCAAAAAACGGAUCAGCGAUUGUGAUGAACAAACAGAUUGUUCAAGAUCGGAUGGAUCAGAUGAGGUCAGUGAAUCAGGAUCAAGAUGUAACUCAACUUCACCUUUACCCAUUGAACAAGUAUCCAAAGUAGCUCGUAAAUGUAAAUUAAACACUUCACCAACUUUAAAUGAUUCUCGUCACACUCACCACACUCAUAAUUAUCACAAUCAUUCCCAACAUUCCAAUCAUCACCAUCAUAAUCAUAAUCGUCACCAUGAUAUUAUCGUCAAAGAUGAACUAUCAUCUGAACUUAUUCGAGAUUCUCUAGGUUAUUCAACUUCUCAUCAUCGAGCUGACCUUUCAACGUUAACCGAUACUCUAACAGCUUCCGCUUUGGCAACAACACUGCCUUCACUUGGAGCAACUUCAGUAUCAUCCUCAGUCUCAGCAGCAGCAUCUCUUUUCACCUCACUCCAUGCUACCUGUCCACCUCUCUUCAUGGCUCCUAAUUUAUUUAAACCAAUUUUGACUCCAACUUUACAGACUAAUAAUUCCAGUUGUCCCCUUAAUCUGUCCAUGAGUAAUUCAUUAACCUCUAGUGGAAAGAUUACUGGAAGCAACGGUAAUGAAUCAAGGGAUGGAAAAGACGACGAAGACAAUAAAAAUGGAAUCAUUUCCAACAUUCCCUCUCCAGAUGAGAACGAUCUUCCCUAUAACAAUAACAAUCAUCGCAAUCAUGCCAACAAUAGUAUUAAUAGUAACAACCAUGAUCGAAAUCAUAGAAAUCAUUCAACUCAUGACAAUGCUGACCAUGGCUCAGGAUCAUCAAGCUCAGAUCCUGACUCUGUUAACCUGGCUCGAUCACCAAGUGCAAGUCCAACCUCACAAGAUAAUGAAAGAACAUCAUCUCAAAAUACAAAUGACAUUCAAUCAGAUCGUGGUGAACAUUUUCGUGGAUCAUCUGCAGCAUCUCUCAAACGUCCAUCGCCUGGUUUAAUGUGCGUUGUUUGUGGUGAUACCUCAAGUGGUAAACACUAUGGAAUCCUUGCCUGCAAUGGAUGUUCCGGAUUUUUCAAGCGAAGUGUGAGAAGAAAUUUAAUGUACAGAUGUCAAGCUGGAAAUGGGAAUUGCAUUAUAGACAAACAGCACCGUAAUCAAUGUCAAGCUUGCCGAUUAAAAAAGUGUAUCGCUAUGGGCAUGAAUAAAUAUGCUGUUCAAAAUGAAAGACAACCAAGGAAUACAGCGACAAUCAGACCAGAAACAUUAAAUGAAGGUGAAAGUGAACGACUUUUAAGGGAAGGUGUGGCUGCUACAGUCAAUGCUUUGUUUACAACUAAUUCAGGUAUUCGAAGUUUGAAUUCUAGUCAAAACCAUGGUGGUAUUCAGUUCCCUAUUACCAAUCAAUAUCAAGUUUCCCCCGAAUCUCGAGAUGGAAUGAGAAACGGAAAUGAACCGAAAGAUGAAAAUGGCAAAGUCACUGAUUUAGAUGAAACAACUCAUUUUGAAUAUGCUAACAGCCUUUCAUAUAAAACGUCUUCUUCCUCAUCAUCAACAACUACAGCUUUAGCUAAUUGUAAUAACAACAACUCAAUGGCAUUUGUAUAUCAACCGUCUACCAUACUUGAUUCAACCUUACCUGGACUCAUCGCUUGCCAUCAAGAAUCUAUUUAUGAAACGUCAGCUCGCUUGCUUUUCAUGGCUGUGAAAUGGGCCAAAAAUUUACCUUCAUUUGGAAGUUUAACCUUUAGAGAUCAAGUGAUACUUCUAGAGGAAUCUUGGUCUGAAUUGUUUUUAUUAUGCGCUAUUCAAUGGUGUCUUCCAUUGGAAAAUUGUCAACUCUUUUCAGUUAACAGUGUAUCUUCUUCAUCAUCUUCAUCUUCCUCUGUCUCACCCAAUGAAUCUAAUCAUCUGAUAUCAUCAGGGGACCGAACUACCGAUCUCAGAGUUCUCAAUGAUAUAUUCAAUAGGUUCAAAUCAAUUGGGGUCGAUCCUGGUGAAUUUGCUUGUCUCAAAGCUUUAUCUCUUUUUAAACCAGAGGCGCGAGGAUUAAAAGACGUGAUUAGGAUUGAAAAUAUGCAAGAUCAAGCGCAGAUAAUGUUACUACAACAUGAAAAGGGUCAUAAUCCAGCUAGUCCUACACGAUUUGGUCGUCUCCUUCUAUUAUUAGUAUCAUUACGAUUUAUUUCGGCUGAUAGAAUCGGUGCCAUCUAUUUUCAACGAACAAUUGGUAACACUCCAAUGGAAAAACUGUUAUGUGACAUGUUUAAAUGCUGAUUGAAUUCAAUCCACCCUGUUAUGAUCAAGAUAAGGCUAAGCCAUGAACUGGAUUGAAAGAGUAAAAGAUUGACGAUUGAAAUCAUUAUUGUUGACAUUCGUACAAAAUCCAUUGAAUGUACGAGUAAAUGAAAAUCUCAAUCCGUAAAAGUUUUAUUAUAAUAUAUUGCUACUUUUCUCAUUAAUAAUCACCUUAAUCACAAUUAUUUAACUUUAAGUUGCUUGAUCAUUUGUGUUCAAAAAGUACAUCAUUCCACUUUACAUUAAAGUCAAUUGUUUUGUUUUGUUCCUUUCACAA